AAGGUCCAAGUUUGCAAAUACUUGUAGGCAGUGAAGCUAAGGGCAUUAACUUACAGUAACAAUAAAAGAAGACAACUUGGGUUUGGGAGAGCCAGUUUCUGAAAGUGAGAAAUCUUCUAAAUUGGAAUGCUGGAUUAAGAACGAAGACAAAAUAAUCCAUAAAUUGAAUUUGAAGACUGAAAAUCUGAAGAAAAAACAUGAUGUAAGGACAAUACGUCAUGCAACUACAUGAUUGGAAGGAGGUGRCUCCAAGUCAAGUGGACAGUUUGACAUGUAAAAAUGACCAUCUACCUGGUCUUAAACAAUUUGCUGUAAUUGACACACUGUCUGAGCAUCUGGAAAAAGAAAAAAAACUGCUGUUCACUCCCACUGAUAAGACUGAGGAAGAAAAGUUAGAAACAGAAGUUGAAAAAAAGCAAGGGAAAUCAGUUUCAGGGUUUGAUACCUUAAUUAAGACACGGCAAGGGGACAGAGACUACUGUAAAAGUGAAGCUGAGAGUUUGCAGAAGGUUCUUAGAAACACAUCUUCAAGACUUAAGCAGAAGCCUAAUUGUGGCAGAAUGUCAAAAAGAUUUUCAGCCAUCCAGGGAGCGAGUUCUGACCCAGAAGUUAUGAAAAUAUUGAGAGAGUGUGAAGAACAUAAGUCAAUACUGGAAAAAUAUGAGCGCCAUGUGGCAGAAAUUCAGGGUAACAUCAAGGUUUUAACAGCUGAAAGAGACAAAAUUAUCAAUCUUUAUGAACGGGCACAGGAAGAGAUAUCCCGCCUUCGUCGGGAAGUUAUCAAGUGUCCCAAGGCUACUAAAAACACAGUGACAGCUCAAGCUAUCCUAAGGCGCGUGGAGACGGAAAGGGAUACGGCGCUGUCUGAUUUCCGAAGAAUGACUACGGAACGCGAUAGCCUCAGGGAGCAGUUAAAGAUUUCCCAAGAGAUUGCAUUUAACGAGAAGGCUCACUUGGAACAGAGAAUUGAAGAGCUGGAAAUAACAGUUCAGAAUCUAGAUAGGGAACGGCUAGAACAAAUGUCCAGACUGGCAUUAAUGAAAGACACUGUGGAGUCUUUGGAAACAGAGACGAAAACAUUGUCAGGAAGAGCAUUGGACUUGGAAACUGAAUUGAGCCGACAGAAAGUUGAAUAUGUUUCACUUAAUUUAUUGAAAGAAAAGACAGAACAGAGUCUUUCAGAGUCUAAGCAAAGUCUUGCUAAGAAAAAAUAUGAGCUACAACUUACCCAAGAAAAAAUUAUGCUUUUGGAUGAAAAAAUUGAUAAUUUUUCAAAACAAAGUCUUAUUCAAGAAGAGGAAAUCAGCGCUUUGAAAGCAACAAUUGCACAACUUGAUAAAGAAAAGGAAACUUUGCAAGACUGUGUAAAAGAACGAAAAAAAAAAAUYGCUGUUCUUGAAGAAAGCCUGACAAUUAAAGAAAAAAACAUUUCAGAUUUCAAGGUUCUGAUUUCUGAGUUGGAGCGUUCUGCAAAAAAAUCUGCUGAAGCUCUCUGUAUCUGUGAGCAAGAUAUCGCCAGUCUGCACCAACAGCUAGAAGAAGCCAAUGAUGAACUUGCCCAGAGUAAGAAGAACAGAGAAUCACUAGCUCAGGAGAAUGACAGGUUACAAGAGCAUCUUUCUAAUAUUAAGCAAGAAAAUCAGGUGCUCUAUAAAAAACUAGCAAAGUACCAAAAUGAGCUUGAUGAUGUGAAGUUGAAAGUCCAGGAUUCAAACAAAGAUAUUGUUAGGCUGAAGGGCAUGCUGAAGUCUAAAGAGAGAGAGAACUGUGAGCUCUUGGAGAAAUACCACRCAGCCUGUGAAGAAGGAGAAAGCUGGGAAACCAAAUGCCAUCAAGCAGAGGCUGAUUGCAGCUCUGUUAGACUGGCGUUAAUCAGCGCAGAAUCCGAGAACCGCAGGUUGAAAGAAAGAAUCGAGUCCCUUGAAAUAGAUAUGGAACAAAAUUUAACAACAGAAAAAGCAUACAAGGCUCAAAUUUCUACCUUGAAAAUGACUCUUCUGAAAAUGGAAGGAGAGCUUCAAAACUUACAGCGAGAGAAAGUCUCUAUCCUUGCAGAUCUCAAAUCUACACAAGAACUUUGCAUCAAAUUGGAUACUGGCAAAGAACUGUUAACCCAGGAGUUAACAUCCAGAGCAGAGGAAGUAGAAAGGCUGCAGAACGAUUGUGAGUCAUCCCAUUCUGAAAUAGAGCUCCUCAGGAAACAGCUGACAAAUGAAAGAGCAUCUCUGAAGAACCUGGAAUCUUUGCUUGUGUCUAGUCGAGAGAAAGAAUUGCAAUCGCAGAUAGCAGAGCAAGAAAGAGACUCUGAAAUUCAGCUUCUCAAGGAACAGCUUGCUUUAGCAGAGAAUAAGCUUGCUGUGCAAAGCCGAGAUUUUACUCAGCUCAGAAAUACAGCAGCUCAGCUAGAGUCAGAACUCGAUAUCACCAAAAGACAGCUGGGAACGGAGCGCUUUGAAAGGGAACGUGCUGUACAGGAGCUUCGACUCCAGAAUCUUACAACCUCCUAUCAGUUUAGCUCCACGUUGAGAGCAUCAUCACCCGAACGUUGCCACCAUCGAUCUCCUGAAUGGUCUCUGGACCGGUCCCUAGAAGGGGAUUCUUCGUUCAAAGACUUUUGACAUUAUAUUCAUGAUGGCUUCUGAAGACACUACACAUCAUCUGGAGAGUUAGAGUUCAAGUAUAAUUCUGGGCUUAUCAUUCUUUCCCAUUUUGAUUAUACAUUAAAUAUAUUUCAUGACUUGCUGGAAAUUUUUUCAGACACUCCUAAUGUUGUUCAGUGGAAAGAAAACUGUCUAGAUAAUUUCCCUGCCCAAUCCUGUAUUAUUGGGGAAUAUGGCCCAUCUCAGGUAACAGGAAGGAAAUGCAAGUUUCACCAACUGUAUUGGUAGUGUGCGACUGUUCCGUUAUUAAAAAUGUAUUGAUAUAACUGGAAUAAAGGAAUGGAUGUAACAGUAUCAGGGAAAAGUAG